AGCGUUAACCGUUCCAGGCCCGGAGGGCGACAAGGAGGCUGGGGAGAGCGCCGCGGGCCGGGCCACGAUGCCCGCGGCAGCCCCGCGCAGGCUGCCCCUGCCAUCUUGGGCGGCUCCGGGCGGCCCGCGCCGGGCCCUGGCGGCCGGGAGAGCGGGGUUAAGAUCAGAAGCUCAGGAAGCUGCUCCGGCUGCAAGGAGCUGCCGCCGCCCGCAGCCGCCGCGCGUCUCCGGCUCCUCCUCCCGCCCGAGCGUGGCCAAGUGAGGACGGCUCCCGCCGCAAGUAGCGGAGGCGCGGAAGGCGGCGCGCGGGACCUGAGCGGAGCGCCCGGGGAGGGGCCGACGGACACGCGGACAGACGGACUCCCCGAUCCCUAGCCCCGGACCUUAGCGACUACCCGCGCCCGCCAUGUGGGGAGCUGGGGUCACGGCCGAGGGCUCGUCGGUGGCGCCGGCCCCGCCAGCGCUGCUGCGGCUGUUGCUGCUGCUGGCGUUGGUGGCGCCCUCGCGGGGCGGCGGGGGCUGCGCGGAGCUGGCGUGCGGCGGCGGGGAGCGCUGCUGCGCCGCGGCCAACGCCACGGCGGUGCGCUGCUGCCGGCUGCCGCUGCACGCCUUUCUCGACAACGUGGGCUGGUUCGUGCGCAAGCUCUCGGGGCUGCUCAUCCUGCUCGUGCUCUUCGCCAUCGGCUACUUCCUGCAGCGCAUCAUCUGCCCCAACCCCCGCAGGUACCCGCGCGGGCAGGCGCGGCCCGGGCAGGCGCGGCCGGGGACGCCUGGGGACGCGGGGCCGCCGGGAGCCGCGGGGCCGCCCGACGACGACGACGAUUCGCCCGCGCUUCUGCGGGAUGAGGCGGCUGCCGGCUCUCAGGACUCGCUCCUGGACAGUGGCAGUGGCGGUCGCGGCCGCGGAGGCGGCGGGUUCUCGGUCGCCUCCUGCUCCUCCGAGCACGAGCUGCGGUUAGUGUCGCCGGCCUUCUUGCAACUGCCCAGCUACGAGGAGGUCAAGUACCUGCCAACCUACGAGGAGUCCAUGCGGCUGCAGCAGCCCAGCCCCGGGGAGGUCGUGCUGCCGGUGUCAGUGCUGGGCCGCCCUCGAGGGGGCGGCUCCGGGCAGCCCGACGGCGGCGAGGGCCGCUUCCCGCUCAUCUGAGCGCCCGGGCCACUCCGGGACCACGCGGACGAAACUGGGCUGGGGACUGCGGGUGGGACGCCACGUCUGGGAAGGCCGCGGCCGCCAACGGCUGCCUGAGACCUCGCCUGCCACCUCAACCUCAUUGCUCAACCUCCGGUGACUGGCUUGGGGUCACGCGUCCCCUGCGACCCUAAGUUUCCCUACGUUUCAUCGGUUCAAGGAAACGUUAGGCACGAGCGGAGGGCGCCUUCGAAGGACGGUCCCCGCCCUCAGACUGUGUUCACUCGUAAGUGCCAGCUUCCCGAAGCCAAGAGAACGCGGAGCCCGUCAGAGCGCUGGGAGCAGGGCAGUGUCCAUUGGGGACGAGGGGGAAGGGGCGCACUGGGCCGGAGCAGACUGCGGACUGCUGCGCUCGGGGCUGGGGAAGCAGCUCGCAGGUUUGGCCUGAUGCCUCCCUUGAGAACAAGUCCCGAAAUCCUUCCAUGUCUUCCUGGCCAAGCAUAUUUACUACAGCUGAUUUGGUGGGGGAUGCUCGUCAUGUCCUGUUAGCUGCUGUACCUAUUCAAGAUACAGGAAUUACGUUUAUCCAAGACCAUACUCGUAAUAAGGUACAGCUGGACUUUUGAUUUUUCAAUAACCGAGGAGAUAUUUAUAUUUGUCUUUUAUUUUUGUAUUUUGACCAUGUAUUGAACGUACCAGGAGGGUAUUUCUGCAAUUAAUGACAAGAUUGUCGUCUCACCACCCUUUCUAUGCCUUAACGGCCCGGAAAUUGCCCACACUGUCAUGUCUGUCUAAUAAAAUAUUGGACCUUAUUUCACUUACAAUGGGGGAAAAAAGAGGCGUGAUCGGACGAGAAAACAUGUGACUAAACCAUGAAGGAUAUCUUAUUUUCACUAUUUGAGAAGAAUAAAUUUUAUUUUUAGUACUGUGACAAUAUAUGACUUUUUAUAACUAUACAUUAUGUCAUCUAAGUCUUAAUUGUAUCAUUUACCCCAGUUAUAUGUAACAAUGAUCGAUGCAUAUAUGCCAUAACAUGAAGCAUGAUGCCAUGCACUCUGCCUCCAUUUUUCAUUCGGAAUACAUUCACAUGCUUCACUUGCAACUUUUGUUUAAAGCCAUAAUUGUGCAGUAAUGCACUACAAAAGGAGUCCGUCAACCUGUCCUAAGAAAAAAGUGUCAUUGUAUCAGUUCUGCCAUUCUAUGAAAUGUCCUUUAAGCAAAUGGUAAGAUAUUGAAAUGCAUUAUGUUCAUGUACAUAUGCAUAUUGUCUAUAUACAGUAUACAGUUGGUAUACUAUAUAAGUAUUACAGUUUAUGAUUAUCAUGAAAGGAAAAGCAGGAAAACAAAAGAGGUUUCUCUGCUUGAAGAAGAAUAAGUAUGAACAUUAUGAGAGAUUACAUAUUGUUCACAGACCUCACCGUGUAUCCAAAAUGUUCUAAGGAUUGAAAAAGCCUGACAAUCCUGAGACAUUAAAAUACCUGACUUGUUUUAGAAGAAAAGGAUUUGAUUGCUUUACAUUUUAAAAAGCUGGUUGAAAAAGUCUGAUAGUUCUAAUAAAUCUUAAAAUGCCUCAAUUGUGGUAGAAAAAUAUGUUUACUCUAAAAUUCUAAAAGCUAAUGACCCUGUCCUUAAUACCAUUUGAAGUGUAUUAAAACAGAAAAACAUUAAAAUCUUUC